CCCAAACUCACAACCCUGAAAUCAAGACUUGAGCUGAGAUCAAAUGUCAGAAGCUUAACCGACCGAGUCACCCAGGUGCCCCUUGGUGUGUGUCAUUUAUCCAUUGAUUCAUUUAAAACAAAUAUCAUUUAAGGCAUCUGGUGCACAGUGUGAAGCCCUGAGGAAUCCUGAGUCCCUGCCCCUUGACAGACCCUGUUGAACAUCAUCCAGGACCACUUCGUGCUUGGACUGACGCACUCUGGUGACUGUGGCCGAAGCUGGUGGUGGCCUGUAUCACCCUGGCCCCUCUGAGACCACCUGCAGCUGCGGUGGACAGUUCCCAACAUGCUGAUGGCAUCCCCCCUCCACGUUCUCAAACCUGAUUCUUUCCCAUUCUCAAGUUUUCUGAAAUCACUUAUUAACAGAGUCUUUGCUCCCAUGCAUGUCAUUGCUCUGUGUGUCGGCUAUGCUUUGGCAGCCAUCCUAGCAAGGGGACAGUUGAGGUGGUGGUGGAAGUAGAAAUGUAUUGGGGCUAGGGUUUUACCCUAUGUCUUGUGUGUAUGUGUGUGUGUGUGUGUGUGUGUGCGCACACGUGUGUGUGUUUAUGCACGUAUGUAUGUUCGUGUGUAUAUGUGUGCAUGUUUAAAUCUUCUCUUUUUUUUUUUAAUUAGGAAAAUACAUGCCUAUGUUUAGAAAAAAUAUAUACCAAACAGACACAUCUGCACCCUUAAUCCCCUUCCCCAGAAGCAACAGUUGCCAACGUUCUGAUGUGUUUUUCCAGAAAUAUUCUAGGUAUAAAAAACACAGAUAUUGAAUAUUGAUUCCCCUUUUUAUGUAAAAGGCAGCACAAUGUAGACUUACACUUCACCAUUUAUAUUGAACUCCACUCCAAAAUAGUUAGUUCACUUUUUCUCCACAACAAUGUUCUGUUGUUUGGAAACGUCCCUUCUGAAUGGACAUUUUGGUUGUUUAACUCAUUUGCUGUCACAAACAACUCUGCCUUGAACACCCUUAUACACACAUUGUUGUGUGCAUGUAGCACUACACUUUUGUCAGCACUGAGUAUAGUCAGUAGUUUGUCUUUUGAUAAUUAGUAGGUGACGGUAUUUUCUUAUCUCGUUUUUUUUUACUUUUUUUCUUUUUUGUUUUCUUAUUUUUGUCUUUGUUUUGUUCUCAGUUUUAUUUUCUUAUUUCAAUGUGAAUUUUUUAUAUAUUUAUCAAACUGUUGAUAUUUUUCAGUAAACUGCCUUUUUCUAAUUUUUGCCCAUUUUCUAUCUUAGUAAGAUAAAAAAUUCUUAUGUUAAGUUUGGCCCUUUAUUCAAUCAUGGUGCUACAAACAUGUUGUCUUUCACCUUUUUACCCUAAUGUUCUUUUCAUCCCCAAUUUAAAGCUUUUUAAACAGUCUAAUUUAUUUUCUUUCUGGCUUUCUGGGUUUUGUGUCUUGUUUAGAAAAGCUGUCCUCACUUCAAAAAUAUUUUGUGAAAUUACUUAAUAAUUUCUCCCAGCAUUUUUCUUGGUUUGAUUUAAGACUCUGGAAAUAAUUUUAAGCUAGAAAUCAGUCCUAGUGUUUGUCUUUUCUACUGUUGCUCAGUGAUCCAGCUUCCUGGAAGUUUCAGGACAAUCCAGAUUUCCCAGAUCCCUGGCUUAUUGGCACAUUGCUUGUUGUGACCUAGAACGCCUAAGUCCUCUCCUGUGAACCGAGUUCUAGGUUCAGACCCCAGGGGGAAACUGCAGACCAUUCUCACUGGGGCCCCACAGGGACCUGGAAAACCAUGUGACUCAGUCACAGACUGUAGCACUUCCUCUGUAAAUUAGGCUGGCUCCUGCCCCCUCUUCCCUCCCAUCCCAGCUGUGCUGAGCCUUGCCAGCUCUUCUCUGAGGAAAUUUGCAUCAUGCAGCAGCCGGAGGACUCUUGAGGACCGCUUCGCUGAGCCAUGGUCUGUUCAGCUGCCCCCGUGCUACUUCUGGUCAUGACUCUCCCCCUGGAGGGGUCACCAGUUGUGCAAGCAUCCCAACCUGAACAGAGUCAGGCUGGAGGGGAAUCGGAGCAGCAACUGGACCAAAGGAGUGGAGCAGCAGCUGCCCCGUCUGCUCCUGUAGAAUCAGUCCUGGCCUCAGUCUAUGUACAGCUGGACUUGUCAAAUCAGACCUGGCCACUGGCGCUCUCCAAGACCCUGACUCACCCCCUUGCCUCGGAUUCCUCUUUCUCAAGAACUCUCACUGGCCUCAGCCUCACGACAGAGUGUAACAGCCACCGCGAUGGGCAAACCUAUUGUGCUUGCCUCUCUGGGUACCAGUGGAAUGCCAGCAUCUGCUCCCAUCACCCUCCCUGCCAGACCGCCCACAACCACCGGCCCUGCGGCUGUCUGGUCUUCGGCCCUACUGAAGCCGGCUACUGCCAGUUGCUGCCACCUGUCCCUGGAAGGCUGAACCCAAACUCCUGGGUGCGGGCACCUGGCACCACUCUGAAUCUGACCCUUGUCAAGAGCCGUGAGACCACCAACCUGAACUGGUUCCUGCGGCAUGCGGACAGCCCCACACCCAUCCUCCUGCAGCCAGGGACACAUGUGUCCCUGGCCUCUAGCCCAGGCGAGGCUGUCCUCAGCAUCCUCAACGUCUCCCAUAGAUGGGCAGGUGAGUACCUGUGCUGCUUUGAGGCUCAGGGAUUCAGGUGGGAGCUGUCCCAGGUGGUGAAAGUGCCCCUGCAGGCGACAGAUGUGGCUCGGCUUCCAGACCAGCUCUCCAUUUCCUGUGCCACCUGCCCUGGCUUCCAGCUGACCUGCUGCAUCCCCAGCACGCACCUGGCCUACACAGCUUCCUGGAGUCCCGGAGAAGGCAGCAAAGCCUCCUUAGUCAGCAGGCCAGGCUCCCGGUGCUUUGUGCUGGCUGUUCAGCGCUGCCCUGUGGCUGACACCACAUACACGUGUGAGCUGCAGAGCCCGGGACUGAGCCCUCUCAGGGUCCCCAUCUCUGUCACCAUCAUCCAGGACGGAGACAACACCUGCCCUGAGGACUCCUCAGCUGUGGCCUGGAAUGUCACCAAGGCUGGCCACGUGGCACAGGCCCCAUGUCCGGUGAACAGGACGGGCAUGGUAAAGCGGACCUGUGGGCCUGAUGGGAAUUGGGAGCCCGUUCACAGCAGCUGUACAGACACAGAGCUCCUGGCCUUGCAUCACAGAGCCCAGCUUCUACAGGCCGGCCAGGGCUGGCCUGCUGUGGAGGUGCCACAGAUCCUGGCACAGCUGUCGGAGCAGGUGAUGGUGGUGAGCUCGCCCUCUGACUUAUUGGCACUCCUGGGCACCAUAUCAGUCCUGGCCAAGGUGGUGGUGGAUGCUAGAAUACAGCUUACCCGCAGGGCCCUGGAGGCUCUUCUGAAAACCACAGACAAGAUCCUAGACAUGGAUACCAGCUCUCUGUGGGCCCCAGCCCAGGCCCAGAAGCCCUCAGCGGGCUCAGCUCUCCUGCUGGCUCUGGAGACUCUAGCAUGCAGCCUGUGCCCACAAGGUCACCCCUUCUCCUUCAGCUUACGUAACGUGUGGCUGCAGACACAGCUCCUUGGACCUACAUUUCCUGCUGACUACAGAGCCUCCUUCUCCACUCAGCCCCCACUGCAGGCACACAUUCCCAGGUGUUCACUGGCCUCGCUGGGCCAUAAUGGAACGAACAUCAGUGUUAUUAGCCUGGUACUGCAGAAACUGGACCGUCUUCUGCCCUCAAACUAUGGACAAGGGCUAGGGGACUCCCUCUAUGCCACUCCUGGGCUGGUCCUCUCCAUCUCCAUCAUGGCAGGUGGCCAGGCCUUCAACCAGGGAGAAGUCAUCAUGGACUUCGGGAACACAGCUAGCACUCCCCACUGUGUCUUCUGGGACCAUGAUCUCUUCCAGGGCAAGGGGGGCUGGUCAGAUGAAGGGUGCCAGGUGCAGACCACUCAUGCCAGCCCUACCACUCAGUGUAUUUGUCGGCACCUCACUGCCUUCUCCAUCCUCAUGUCCCGAAAUACUGUUCCAGAAAACCCCACCCUGGAGCUGCUGAGUCAGGUGGGCUUAGGGGCCUCCAUCCUGGCACUGCUUGUGUGCCUGGGCGUGUACAGGCUGGUGUGGAGAGUCGUGGUACAGAACAAAGUUGCCUACUUACGCCACAUGGCCCUGCUCAAUGUGGUGCUCUGCCUUUUGGCUGCAGACACCUGCUUCCUGGGAGCCCCACUGCUUCCUCCUGGGCCCCGAAGCCCACUCUGUCUGGCUGCUGCCUUCCUCUGUCACUUCCUCUACCUGGCCACCUUUUUCUGGAUGCUGGCUCAGGCGCUGAUGUUGGCCCACCAGCUGCUCUUCGUCUUCCGUCAGCUGUCCAAGUGCCGAGUACUCUCCCUGAUGGUGGUCCUCGGCUAUAUGUGCCCAAUGGGAUUUGCAGGUGCCGCCCUGGGCCUCUACCUACCCCGAGGGCAAUACCUGGGGGAGGAGGCAUGCUGGUUGAAUAGGAAGGGAGGGGUGCUCUACACCUUCGUGGGGCCAGUCCUGGCUAUUGUGGGCAUGAAUGGGCUGGUACUAGCCAUGGCUGUGCUGAAGCUCCUGAGACCUUCGCUGUCAGAGGGGCCCCAGGUGGAGAAGAACCAUGCCCUUCUGGGGGUGAUCAAAGCCCUGCUCAUUCUCACCCCCCUCUUCGGCCUCACCUGGGGGCUAGGCCUGGCCACUCUGCUGGAGGAAGUCUCCAUAAUUCCUCACUACAUCUUCACGAUUCUCAGCACCACCCAGGGUGUCUUCAUCUUACUGUUUGGUUGCCUCAUGGACAAGAAGAUACGAGAGGCUUUACUCGAACGCUUCUGCCGCACACAACCCCCCAACUCCACCAUGUCCCUGGCUACAUAUGAAACCUACAUCCCAGAAGCCGGCAAAGGAAGAAGUGAAGACGCCCGGUGAGAAGCAAGCCUUCCUGGGAGCAGCGUGAGCAGCAUGGAGUGAAGCCGAGUGUAGCAAAGGGCUUCCUGCCAAAGAAGGCUCCUCUUCAUGUAACUGUCCCAGUCCGAGGGCUGGAAAACAGACUUUUCCAGCAUAGACAUUUCUGAAUGGGAUGGGGAAAGUGGAGGGCUCAGAGAGCAGAUGGCAUAGCAUCUUCUAUUGCUUUCACAGAAAGCUGGAGGAACUUUUACCACCAACAACCCUUGAUUCAUUUCACUGAAAAUUCCUUUUCACACCAUCAUAUAUUUAAUUAUCCUGAAAAACCUUUGUUUUGAAGGAAUUGCCAUUGGUGUGCUUGGUAUCCAGAGGGAGGGCAGCCUUGCAAGGUCUCCUUCACCAGCCCAGAGCUUCAGGGCGAGCCCUUACAAGGGGAAGGCAGAAGCUUUGAGUGAAGCACACACAGAGCCCAUGUUGCUCUCCUCCAAGGGAGUCGAGGGAAGGUGCCUGAAUCCACCAGGAUGGGCCCUGGCCCAAUGCUCCGAGCCCUUCUGCUCUCCCAGAGCUCAGCCGUUGGCAAAGACAGACUGAUGUUUCCACUAGUCAUGUUCCUUUGUCUUGCAGGUCACCUGUCCCUACCUCUAAACUAUUCAAGCAAAAGUAGCAUGAAAAACUAGCUAAAGUUAUCUAAUGAAUAAGCUUGCUUUGCUGUAAACAUAAUCAACAGAUAUUAAAGUUCAAAAUGAUUGCAAGUAAA